AUGAGCGGACGUGGGGACGAGGCCGUGGAGAGCUCUGGCUCCCAGGAGCCCACGGGGGCCGCGGAGCCCCAGAAGAGGAGGCCGGGGAGACCGAGGAAGCCACAAAAAGAGCCCAGUGGAGAGCCUGUCCCCAAGCGACCGAGGGGCCGCCCCAAAGGAAGCAAGAACAAGGGCCCCUCCAAGGCAGCGCAGAAGAAAGCAGAGGCGACCGGGGAGAAAAGACCCAGGGGGCGACCCAGGAAAUGGCCACAGCAAGUCGUCCAGAAAAAGCUUGCUCAGGGAGCAUGGCUGGCCCGUGUCUUCACCAAGGACCAUACAGUACAGAAUAUACAGAACUCUAUGACCAUCGGCUGGUUUGGCCUGGAAUGA